AUGAUUCUUUUCUUGAUUUUCUUGUUAAUUUGUUCAGUAAAUUUGGAAGAAGCAAGAUUUGCAGCAGGGCAGGGGGAAUGUGUGGCCACAAGCUGCAGCCCGUCAGGCCCCAUCAUCCGCUUCCCUUUCCGGUUGAAGGGCCGCCAGCCCGAGAGCUGCGGCUAUCCCGGUUUCGAGCUUUCUUGCAACCCCACCAACAACCGCACCGAAUUCGACUUCCAAUUCCCGGUCCGGCCCUCCGCCCGGAACGUGGUCCUCCCACUUUCAGCAAAAGCCACCGUCCAAGAAAUCGACUACGCAACUCAAGUGAUCCGGAUCAGCGUGCUUCACGGCUCCUGCCUCCCGCCCCGGGUUCCCCAAUUCAGCUCCUCGCCCUCUCCUUUCCAAUUCUAUGUCAAGAUCAUGUACUAUGGUGCAGGCAGUGGAUACACGCUUUUCAAUUGCUCCGGACCUCUCGACGAUCCUAGGGGCUGGGCUUUGGGUCCCAUCGCUUGCCUUGCUCGAGGGAAUCACCGAGUUUAUGCAUACCGAUCGUCUGAUUCGGUAACGGAGCUCCCUCUGUCGAGAUGUGUGAAAAUGUACAAUGUUUCUGAUGUUUCCGAGGUGCUUUUGGACGGGCUGAGAGAGUAUUCAGUUGAUGAUACCUAUCUGCAUUGGCCCGACCCCGAUUGCGGCAACUGUGAAGCCCGUCGCAUGUAUUGUGGGUUCAAUACCAAUAACCAAACUCAAUGCUUCGACAUGCCCAAACAACCUCACCAGGGGAAACAAGGCGUAUCAGAUAAUGUAGUUAUUGCGGUUGUAGUAGUUGGUGUUUUCACGGCGGCGCUAGCAUUUGCUGCACUAUUUUAUAUGUACAGAGCGAAGAUGCGGAAGCAGAGGAAGGAGCGACGGAUCGAGCGUUUUCUAGAGGACUACAAAGCCCUUAGGCCAACCAGAUACACUUACUCCGAUAUCAAGGCGAUCACGGAUGGCUUCAAGCACAAACUGGGGCAGGGAGGCUACGGAACGGUCUUCAAAGGGAAGCUCUCGACCGACAUUCCCGUAGCGGUGAAGGUCCUCACCAACAUCAAAGGAGACGGCGAGGAGUUCAUCAACGAAGUGGGAACCAUCGGCAAGAUCCACCACGUGAACGUGGUGCGUUUGGUGGGGUACUGCGCGGACGGAUACAGGCGCGCCCUAGUGUACGAGUUCCUGGAGAACGACUCGCUCAACAAGUACAUCUCGUCGGGCAAGCAGGGCAGCACGGUGGGGUGGGAGAAGCUGCAGGAGAUCGCGUUGGGCGUAGCCAGAGGCCUUGAUUAUCUCCACCAAGGCUGCAAGCAGAGGAUCCUUCAUUUCGACAUCAAGCCGCACAACAUCUUGCUGGACCAUAACCUCAACCCCAAGGUUGCCGAUUUCGGUCUGGCCAAGCUGUGCUCCAAGGAGCAGAGCGUCGUGACCAUGACGGGGGCGAGGGGGACCAUAGGGUAUAUUGCGCCCGAGGUAUUCUCGAGGAACUUCGGGAAGGUGUCGUACAAAUCGGAUAUCUAUAGCUACGGGAUGGUGUUGCUCGACAUGGUUGGUGGGCGGAGGAAGUUCGGAGCGGAGGCACAGGACAGCGGCGAAGUCUACUUUCCGGAGUGGAUGUACAAUCAGCUGGAGAAAGGAGAGGAUAUAGCUAUCCAAGUUGAUAAAGUGGAGGAGAGUGAGAUUGUGAAGAGGCUAAUAAUUGUGGGGCUUUGGUGUAUCCAGUGGUAUCCUGCAGAUAGGCCAUCCAUGAAACUUGUGAUGCAGAUGCUGGAAGGUGAAAACAUGCCGAUUAUGCCGCCCAAUCCUUUCGCUGCUUCAAAUUCUGCAGAUAUAACUUCAUCUUCUUCCACCGUGUUUAGCAGCUCAACCAACAUUUAUACUGAUUGAGAUUCAGAUCAAACUUGUUAUGUAGCGUUUCACUACACUUUCCAAUACAAAGAAAAUAUUCACACAA